CUUUAAAGCUCAACCAAAUACACAACAAGAAAAACUAGCGAAUAAUGCAAAUUAUUAGGCUUAGUUGUAAAAUAUUUUGCAAAUUACCCCUAAAAACGCCUUCGCUGACUAUUUAGGAAGCAGAAAAAUGAACUGUUUGGUGUGCUAUGUUUACAUUAGAACGUACGAUAUGCUUCCACCUCGCUUCAAGUAUUUAAAACUGCCGUUGUCACCCUAAUCACUCAAGGUCACUAAGGACGGGAAGGAGGCUAAGUCGUUCGUUUUCUACUCGUAGUCGUUUUGCAUCUCCUUCGGCUCGAUGUUGUAUGAUUUCGCUAGUUGGUAUAGAAGGUGGCGGUUCGGUGAAGGGAAACGUAUUGAUUUAGUUCUAAUUGGCCCACCAGGUAGUGGAAAAGGGACUCAGGCAGUCAAAAUAGCUGAACGUUAUAACAUCUGCCAUUUAUCUACUGGAGACAUUCUUAGAGCAAUCAUAGCAUCAGGGUCAGAACUUGGCCAAAAAGUACAGAAAAUUACGGAAUCAGGAGGACUUGUUUCAGACGACAUAGUUUGUGACCUAAUCGCACAAAAAAUCAAUUCUCCUGAAUGUAAAAAUGGACUUCUAUUCGACGGGUUUCCACGCACAAUUGAGCAAGCUAAGAAACUUGAUAACCUUCUUAGAGAUCGUCAGAUUCAUCUGUUGGCUGCUUUGGAAUUCAAGCUUGAUCCUUCCAUCUUAGAAAAAAGGAUUUGUGGCAGAUUAUUCCACUUAGCUAGUGGUAGGUCAUAUCAUGAGUUGUUCAAUCCCCCGAAAGUCCCCAUGGUAGAUGACAUUACUGGUGAUCGCCUCGUCCACCGCUCUGAUGACAAACCUGAAGCUUUGAAAAAGCGCUUGUAUGAGUAUGAUAAAAAUGUAGCACCUAUUUUACAUUUCUAUGAGUCUCAAAAUAAACUACAUCGAAUAAACGCAAACAAAGAUGUUAAUCAGGUGUUCAGUGAUAUUCAAGAACUUGUUCGUACGAAAUUAGCAGAGGAAAAAUAGAUGUAUAAAAUGUUCUUAGUGAUCUUGUUUUAGUGUUUAAAUUAAAAGUGUACUUCGAACAAUAUUUACCACUAUGCUUUCCUGGGUCCUUUAUUAAUGGAUAGUUUCCCUAAAAACAAUAACCAAAUUAUGUGUAGUCUUGUUUUUGCGAGAUUAAUUUUAUGUAUUGCAUAGUAAAAAACCUCCAAUUAUCAUAUACCGUUUUUUCAAUCAAAUCUUUGGGUUUUUCUUCGCUUCCACCCUCACAUUAUUAGUUCACAAAAAAUUAAACGUUCUGCUUUUUCAGAAUGUUACGUUUGUAAUUAUUUAACUCACUUCUUGAAGUGUAUGAUAGUUCCUAGUAUUUCGAAGUAAAGUUCUCCAUAUAACGUAAA